AUGCACAUCUGGUUUUCAAUACCUGCCAUGCAGACGGGACUGAUGACCCUGCCGUGCUGGCAGUGGAAAAGUGACCACCACCAGAAAGCGAUGACAGAAGUGCCGUCAGCAGCUCACAGUUCCUCGGAUGUCAAUGUUGCCGCCUCCCUCAUCCAUUGCCUGAAGUUUCAGGGGGUAGGCACAGCAACAAAACAUACAGAGUUAGAAACCCUGCUCUACACCCGGUACCUGGCUCUGCCUCCGAAGCAGCACGUGCCUAUGCUCCAAUCCUACAGUCACGCAGUUCUGUUUCUGGAAACGGAUGAGACCAGUGAAGACGUACAAAUUCAAGUGGAGGAAAAAGAAGAUGACACUGAGGAAAGCUCAAGCGAAGAGGAAGAGGAGGAGGAAGAUAAAUUACCUCGAAGAGAGAGCUUGAGACCAAAGAGGAAACGAAAAAGAGAUGUUAUCCAUGAGGAUGACCCGGAACCUGAACCAGAGGAUGAAGAAACAAGGAAGGCCAGAGAGAAGGAGAGAAGGAGGAGGCUGAAGAGGGGGGCGGAAGAAGAAGAAGAAAUUGAUGAGGAGGAAUUGGAAAGACUGAAGGCAGAGUUAGAUGAGAAAAGACAAAUGAUUGCUACUGUCAAAUGCAAACCUUGGAAAAUGGAGAAGAAAAUUGAAGUUCUCAAGGAAGCAAAAAAAUUUGUGAGUGAAAAUGAAGGAGCCCUUGGGAAAGGAAAAGGAAAGCGGUGGUUUGCGUUUAAGAUGAUGAUGGCUAAGAAAUGGGCGAAAUUUCUUCGUGAUUUUGAAAACUUCAAAGCUGCUUGUGUCCCGUGGGAAAACAAAAUCAAAGCAAUUGAAAGUCAGUUUGGCUCAUCGGUGGCCUCAUACUUCCUCUUCUUGAGAUGGAUGUAUGGAGUAAAUAUGGUUCUCUUUAUCUUGACAUUCAGCCUCAUCAUGUUGCCAGAGUACCUCUGGGGUUUGCCAUAUGGCAGUUUACCUAGGAAAACAGUUCCCAGAGCUGAAGAGGCAUCUGCGGCAAACUUCGGUGUGUUGUACGACUUCAACGGCUUGGCGCAAUAUUCCAUCCUCUUUUAUGGCUAUUAUGACAAUAAACGAACAAUUGGAUGGAUGAAUUUCAGGCUGCCGCUCUCCUAUUUUCUGGUGGGGAUCAUGAGCAUUGGAUACAGCUUUCUGGUUGUCCUUAAAGCGAUGACCAAAAACAUCGGGGACGAUGGGGGUGGUGAUGACAACACCUUCAACUUCAGCUGGAAGGUAUUCACCAGCUGGGACUACCUGAUUGGCAAUCCAGAAACAGCAGACAACAAAUUCAAUUCCAUCACCAUGAACUUUAAGGAAGCUAUCAUAGAGGAGAGAGCAGCCCAAGUAGAAGAAAACGUCCACUUGAUCAGAUUCCUGAGGUUUCUUGCUAACUUCUUCGUGUUUCUAACACUUGGAGGGAGUGGAUACCUCAUCUUUUGGGCUGUGAAGCGAUCCCAGGAAUUUGCACAGCAAGAUCCUGACACCCUUGGGUGGUGGGAAAAGAAUGAAAUGAACAUGGUCAUGUCCCUCCUGGGGAUGUUCUGUCCAACCCUGUUUGACUUAUUUGCUGAACUGGAAGACUACCAUCCUCUCAUUGCUCUCAAAUGGCUACUGGGACGCAUUUUUGCUCUACUCUUAGGCAACUUGUAUGUAUUUAUUCUUGCCUUGAUGGAUGAGAUUAACAACAAGAUUGAAGAAGAGAAGCUGGUAAAGGCCAAUAUUACCCUCUGGGAAGCCAACAUGAUCAAGGCCUAUAAUGCAUCACUCUCUGGAAAUAGCACUGGACCACCUUUUUUCGUGCACCCUGCAGAUGUACCUCGAGGACCCUGCUGGGAAACAAUGGUGGGACAGGAAUUUGUGCGGCUGACCGUUUCUGAUGUUCUGACCACUUAUGUCACAAUCCUCGUUGGGGACUUUCUCAGGGCAUGUUUUGUGAGGUUUUGCAAUUACUGUUGGUGCUGGGAUUUGGAAUAUGGAUAUCCUUCAUACACUGAAUUUGACAUCAGCGGCAAUGUCCUCGCUCUGAUCUUCAACCAAGGCAUGAUCUGGAUGGGCUCCUUCUUCGCCCCCAGCCUCCCAGGCAUCAAUAUCCUUCGACUCCACACUUCCAUGUACUUCCAGUGCUGGGCCGUGAUGUGCUGCAACGUUCCCGAGGCCAGGGUCUUCAAAGCUUCCAGAUCGAAUAAUUUCUACCUGGGCAUGCUAUUGCUCAUUCUCUUCCUGUCCACCAUGCCUGUCCUGUACAUGAUCGUAUCCCUCCCGCCAUCUUUUGAUUGUGGCCCCUUCAGUGGCAAAAAUAGGAUGUUCGAAGUCAUUGGAGAAACACUGGAGCAUGAUUUCCCAAGCUGGAUGGCAAAGAUCUUGAGACAGCUCUCUAACCCUGGACUGGUUAUCGCUGUCGUUUUGGUUAUGGCUUUGACCAUCUAUUAUCUCAAUGCUACUGCCAAGGGCCAGAAGGCAGCAAAUCUGGAUCUAAAGAAGAAGAUGAAACAGGUAGGAUACAAUUUAUUUUAUAAAAAUAUCAUAUUUAUUAAUGUCAAGUAG